GUACUGGUCCCUGCUGAUAAUGGAGUUUCGCCGAGUUCCUUUUCUUAUCUUGCCUUACAUUCUACUUACCCCAGCCCCAUGCAAUAGUAACCCUUCGACUGUCCUCUCUAACCCAGAGUGAUGAAGACAUCGAGCCUUCAUCCAACGACCACCAGGAGGGGGGAGGAAGACUUCGAGCCUUCAUCCAACGACCACCAGAAGGAACUACAACGCAUGUGCUGGAGGGACGGACUGUAUGCAAAGGAAUUCCCAGGAAAUGAUAAAUAUGUAGAUGGAUCCUGGCAAACCUGCUGAAUAUAUAUAAGCUUGGCUUUUAAAUGUGUGGUGUUUUUGCUUACCGGUGGGCAAGCUAGGAGGAAAUAUCCCCCUUGCCCCCGGCAUAUGCGCAGUGCUGAAUAAAACGUACCUGUUUUGUAAUCUCACUUGGGUUACAGAGUUUGAUUCCGCAAAUCAGUGGGCAUGGUGAGGGAUGGUUUGACAGUUGGACUAGAUGAAUUUAGAGGUAUUUUCCAACCUUAAUGAUUCUGUGAUUCCAUAAACAAAGACAAAAAAGGAACAACUCCAGGUUACACAGGAAAGGUUGAAAGAAGACUGCAGGUUUUGAUGAAGCCAAUGAUGUGGUUGCCCUUUUGGAUGGGUUAAAGCAGACUCUUAGGAGAGUACAUAUGGGAAUGGUUCUUCAGGGGUCCAUGGUCCACAGCAAGCGAGGCAGCUGGCAUUGGUGUUUUUUGAUGUGCACUGCCAAUAUAGGGGCACGCAGGAAGGCCAGCUGGGCUGCAGGCAGAGUCACUGUACGGGACAGAUUCUCUGCUGGUCUUCGUCAGAAACAAAUACAGAAGCACUCUUAAGUGCUUGAACCACAGUGAGUUUUGCUCCCUGUCACAAAAAACUCAAAGACAUUGUGGAUCAAUGCUAAACAGUCCUGUGGCAGUAACACAUGACAGCACAUUAGCAUGGUUUCCCAAGUGGCGCCUUAGAAUUGUUUUUGCUCUGAAGGAAAGGGUGUGCACCCUGUACCAAAUGUGGUUUGCAAUAAACUAACUUGCAUGCUCCUUGUUUGCAUGAGGCUCUUUAGAGAUUUACCACUGGACCACAACGUCCUGUAUAAUGCUGUGACUCAGCAGGUUAAUACCUGAGUUUCCUGAUUCUCCUCAGACAGUCAACUCCUGAUUUUACCUCCAGGGCCACCAUGUCUCACAGAGGUGGACAUGACUUCUCCUGUUGCUCUUUCCAUAUGUGUGGUCCUAAGGGAGAAGAUGCUGGGCUGGGGGAGGUGUCCCAUGCUACCUCACUGCUUCAUUUGCUGUCGACAGAGCUACUAAGAGGCUGCAGGUUGAACUUGGGCGAUGGAUACUUUGCCUUUGCCCAUUUGUUCUGAGUGCAAGCAGCAGUGGUGAAGGGAGAGCCACUUUACAGAGUAAGCGCCCAGUAGUGCCUAGAAGUAUUAUGGGCCUGCCGAGCUGAAAUAAUAAUUGGCUUAACACUUCUCUUUCUUGUCUCUCCCAAAAGAAUACUAAAAAUGGGUUUUAAUUUACCUUGAAUUAGCCUUUCCUUGGGUUUUACCCUGUAAGCAGUUAACAUCUCAACCAGCUGCAUUCUCUCAGUAGAAAUUACACACUUCUACAUUUUUCUGCUGUACCAUAGUAGGCUGAGUUGUAAAAGCUAAGGGAAACAAACACGGUUCGGUUUGCCUUGCUUGCCAUGUUGGUGAAUGUUACUUCCGCCUCUGUGAAAGUGUUUCAGUAUGAACUCGGUAUCAGCUGUGCCACGUUGUGGACCCAAGCAGGUUGCCUCUGGCUGGUGUACAGGUGCAAAUUCUGCUUUCUACAUGGGUGAUGACACUGCAGGGCACAUUUCUGGGCACUCUGCAGCUGACCAGUUUGCAAGCAGGAACAAUUUUUUCUCAGGAGGGUAAACUUCUGCACAGCCAGCUGAGAGCAGCAAGUAGUGACCUUGACAGUAGCAGUUUUUCUGCAGUUAUUCUCAUACUUCACUUCCCCAGACCUUUGCUGGUUACCCAGAAUGCACAUAAUAUGUAAACACGUGCAUUAUUACCUCUUUUCUUAGUCCCAUGUCCCUGUGGCAGAACAAACUUGUCUAAUUCCAAGUGUGCAUUUUCUAGCGUGCUUCUGCCUUCAGCAUGGCCCUCCUUCCCAUGCUUCCCUCAGCUGGCCAAGAUCUGCUCAUAACUUUCAACAGGUUCAGUGCUCUCUGAGCUCAUGAGGCUCAGGAACAAUCCCUGCUAAAGAAGCCUCUUGUACAGGUUUUUCCAUCACUUUAAUUCCAGCAACACUGAGUUAUGCUGCCAUGAGAUGAGUCAAAAUGCUGUUUGCUUGGAUAGUAUUCAAGGACAGCGAGAAGAAAAAAGCCUAUGUUCUGAUUGUGUGGGCUUUACAGGUUUUGAUGAGAGGUUUGCAAGCCACAGGAGAGCUGCAGAACUCUUCUGCAGGCUCUCAAAAGCUGAGACGUGCACUGGAUUGAAGCCCAUAGGCGAGAACAGAGCACCGCUGCCCAAGUGUGGAGUGCCAUGCAUUUUCUGGUCCUUCUGCAAGUCUAGUGGGUGUGAGGAGGGAGUUUCUCUUCCAGCUCAGGCUUCCCUCAGUUCCACUCAGGAGGGUUUGUUCUGCUUACAAAAGCUGCACAGCUCUUGUGUUCUUCCUCAAGAACAUCCCGUGUCUUUCUCUGCACCAACGACUUGAGGCAUGACUGAAGUCCUUCAGGGGGUGUGAAACUCUCCCUUUGUUUGUCCUUCAGCGUAACUGCACCACUUUCACAGUUGCACAAAGCAAAUGGUUUGAAGAGUAUGAAGGUGUAAAGCUGCUCAGAAUGGCUUCUGGCAGGGUGGGAAAUACAGAAAACCCAGUUAUUCCCUGGGUGGAAGGAAAUAGUGCUAUAAUGAAUCCAACGAUCAGUCCCCAUUCUGGUUCAAAAGAAAAAUCAGAGAGCAGAGCAAUAGUCACAAUAAGCAUUUUUGUUGGUAAAAAUUUCCAAUUAGGGCUCUUGGCAGCUGCUAAUUGCCCUACGUCUUGGUGCCAGAGAAUUGAGAUUUCAUCCAUAUUUAUAUCCUGGCUAAUGUAACUCUAGAAACUCCCAAUAGCCGGUGAUUUGCGGAAUCAAACUCUGUAACCCAAGUGAGAUUACAAAGCAGGUAUGUUUUAUUCAGCACUGCGCAUAUGCCGGGGGCAAGGGGGAUAUUUCCUCCUAGCUUGCCCACCGGUAAGCAAAAACACCACACAUUUAAAAGCCAAGCUUAUACAUAUUCAGCAGAUUUCCCGGGACCCAUCUACAUAUUCAGCAGGUUUCCCAGGAUCCAUCUACAUAUUCAUCACUUCCUGGGAAUUCUUUUGCAUAUGGUCCGUCCCUUCAGCGCAUGCGUUGUAGUUCCUUCUGGUGGUCGUUGGAUGAAGGCUCGAGGUCUUCAUCACUCUGCCCUUUUCACCCCACUGCUGCUUUUGCAGAGUCACUCUAUCUUCGGUCAACUCCUUGUACUGGUCCUUGCUGAUAAUGGGGUUUCACCGAGUUCCUUUCCUUAUCUUGCCUUGCAUUCUACUUAUUCCAGUUCCAUGCAAUAGUUAACCCUUUGAUUGUCCCUUCUAACUCACCGGCUGAUUGCCUAAUUCUUUCUUGAAUCCUGCUGAGCUCAUGGUCUUUAGGAUGCCUUCUGACAGACAGUAACCACAUGUAUAAACACGUGUAUAAACUAUGAACGCAUACAUGUGUUCUUACACAACGUGCAUGUGUUUCCCUUGUAUUUGUUCCAUGUCUGUUUUACUUGAACAUCCCUUGCCCUUGCAUUACAGAUGCAGGAGAUAAAUAAAACUCCUGCUUGUCUCCUCUGAGCCAUUCAGUACUUCACAUCCCACCCAGUGAAUGCUUGGACCAGACUCUGUGUGUGUGUAUGUUGUAGCCAUGCGGUGUGUGUUGAUUACAAGAUGUGGCUACUCUCCAUUAAUUCCUUCAGCUGUGCUCUCGCAUGUGGGGGAGACAGAAAUUUUAAGAAACAAGGUACAAUGCAACUCCAUCCCCUCUUCCUAGUAAAAAAUCCUUGUGCAGAAUAGGGACCAUUGAUCCUACAUAGUUAGUAAUUGAGAGAAAAAUUACUCAGGAGCACAAUAUUCAUUGCAGUCGGUGCUAAGCCAGGUGUGUGCUUUGGGCAGUUGCUGGUGGCUCUCACUGUCAGUUGCUUACUGUUCGUUCCCUCCUCCUCCUCCAGAGGUGACUGUGUGUGUGGGACAGUGCUGUGUGUGAGAGGGGCUUCAAGCAUUGCAUGUGCUAAGAAAUAAGAGCUGUGCACUUAAACCAAAAGCUGAUGAGAUUUUGUGGUGCUUGUCUGUCCUGAAGUUUUCCAUUCUCUUCUCUCACACUGUUCCUCAGGAAAUCCCUCUCUCUUGUCCUGGUUAGAGAAAAAUGCUUUGUGCCUAACAAGCGGAGCUGUUGCUGCUCUUCCAGUACACUGAACCUGGCUUUGGAGAUAACAACGGUGACUGUGAAUUUAAUGUGAUAAGUGUGAGCAGGAGAGAUGGUGGGAUAUCGGUAGUGGUGAGCAGCACUGCUGAAGUGUGCUUGGGAUCAUACACGGCCUGGUUCUGCUUACCACUGUGGUGAUAGUGAAAUUGUUGUGAGUUGUAAAAAAACAGCUGAGGCUGUGGGUAUAAUUGCUAGUUCCUGGUGCUAUCAUCUGAACAUGUGCUGGCCAGGAUCAGGGAGAGCCUCCAUAACAAAGGGUUUCGGUGGAAGAGUUGAGGUUUCUCACCAGUGCUCCUUAGUUCCGUUCUCCACAAGGAAUUCAAACCAUAUCACCACAGUUUUCUGAGUUUCUAUGACCUUUUCUAUUGCAUAAUAGUAUCUUGUGGUUGACAGUGCCAAAAACCAUAGGAACAUUCAGCUGAGCUGAGCAUAAGUGCUUUGCCCAUCAGCUGGGAUAUAAAAAACUCAGUGCUAUCCGGGUGAUUUCUUUCUUAUCCUGAUCUGUCUCCACACCGCACCAGACCCCAGUGUUCUGGAAUGGUAGUUUUAAGCAGGUAACUUGGCAAAGUCUUGGCUUUUUUGUUGGUUCACCUAGAAACAGAAUGUUUGAUGCUGGGUGGUGCUGGCCAGAACUAGUGUACAUAAGGCUUUUUGGAGCACCGGAGAGCAUGUUUGCUUUGUUUUGCUUUGUUUUGCUUUUUCUGGCCUCUCAGUUGCCUUUGUGAAAGAAGUGGCUUUGUUCAGCCACGUGUGAUUUCGGUUGUCCUUGGUGGGUAGGGAGACCACCGGGCAGAGUGACAGGGUGGGCAGCCAGAGGGAUCGCACUCUACAUUCCUGCUUCCUGCAAAGGAAGAGCUGUAGAGAGAAGGAAGAAGACAACGGAAAGAGGGAGGAUUAGCAGUACUUUCAAGAAGAAAUCUGGACUUUGGGCAUGUCAGACCCUGCUGGGAAGGGACAGGAAGAAAAUUCAUUUCUUGUUGGACUUCAUUGUCCACCCCCAGUGUUAAGAGACAAUGAGGAUGCUCUGACUGAAGCUCUGACUGAAUUCUAAAGCUUUCAAAAUGAAGAGGCAUAAGUUUCCCUGCAGGUGUCCCACAAGAAGGAAGAUUCUGAUCCUGUGUUUCACGGGGUGGGUGAUUGCACUCCUGAAGCUCCUCCAUGUUGAAAGACACUUUUUUCCACCUAAGAGCAUUUAUUUGGUUGAGCACUUCUUGAGCACAUCUUCUUUUGUUAGAAACAGAUAUUCCUACCUGAGAAACCACUUCCAGUAUGAAAUUAACUGUUCAUCUAUAUACGAACAAGAUCCCCAGGAAAUUGGCAAGAGUUUAGAGAUAAGAAGGAAAGAUAUAAUUGAUUUAGAUGAUGAAGAUAUCAUCGCAAUGACAAAUGAUUGCAACAUGUAUCGUACACUGAGGAAAUACCACCUGAAACCUGUUUCUCCAGAGGAAGAGAGUUUUCCAAUAGCCUACUCUUUUGUUGUUCACAAAGAUGCAGUGAUGGUUGAAAGGCUCAUACAUACACUGUACAGUCAUCAAAAUAUAUAUUGCAUUCAUUAUGACCAAAAAGCAGCAAGAAGUUUUAAAUCUGCUAUGAACAAUCUAGCUAAAUGUUUCCCCAAUAUUUUCAUAGCAUCAAAACUGGAGAUGGUGAACUACGCACAUAUUUCAAGACUGCAAGCAGAUUUAAAUUGUCUGUCUGAUCUGAUGGACUCUGCAGUUCCCUGGAAGUAUGUUAUUAACUUGUGCGGCCAAGAUUUCCCUCUGAGAUCAAAUUUCCAGUUGGUUGCUGAACUAAAGAAACUCGGUGGGGGAAACAUGCUGGAAACUGUAAAGCCAAGUAGUAGCAAAAGAGAACGAUUUACUUAUCAUUAUGAACUUAUGAAAGUGCCUUAUGAAUACAUGCAGAUGCCUGUGAAAACCAAUGUUUCCAAGAACCCACCGCCUCAUAAUAUCGAGGUAUUUGUUGGCAGUGCCUAUUUUGUUUUAAGUCGAGCUUUUAUUCAGUACAUCCUUAGCAGCUCUCUUGCAAAAGACUUUUUUGAUUGGUCAAGGGAUACUUACUCUCCAGAUGAACAUUUCUGGGCCACUCUUGUGCGUGUUCCUGGUGUGCCUGGGGAACUUUCGAGGUCUGCCCAAGACAUCACAGACCUGCAGAGCAAAACUCGUUUGGUGAAAUGGAGUUAUCUUGAAGACCAUUUGUAUCCUCCAUGCACUGGUACCCACCUUCGUAGUGUUUGCAUCUAUGGGGCUGCAGAAUUAAGAUGGCUUAUGAAUUAUGGGCAUUGGUUUGCCAAUAAGUUUGACUCCAAAGUAGAUCCUGUCCUGGUAAAAUGCUUGGCACAAAAACUGGCAGAACAACAAAAAGAGUGGGUUUAUUUGUCUUCUGACAAAUAUUUUCUGCAUAUCAAUCCUGCAAAUGCCUCUCUAUAGCAGUGCUGUUCUUCCAGCUGCCAGUACUGUGUACUGCUAUAGCUUCGGGCCUGGGAUUCUCCUGCCCUGACCUGCUGCAGAGGAGUUCCUUCUGCAUUAAGUUCAGGACUUUGAAGAGACAGGUAUCUGAGCACUAUUUGUGAAAUUAACAACUCUCUGGCUGACUGUUUUUUAACUUGCCACAACAAUCCCAUAACUAUUCUUCAGGGUGAUUCUGGAAGGGUAAGGCUUGCUUUUGGAGGCCCUGGCACUGUCUGUCCUAAUGGAAUACAUCAGAAACCUGUUUUACAAUAUGUGUUUGUGUCUUUCCUAAGAAACCCUACCAUGCCUGUUUGUCCCCUUUUCCUGCACUUUUGCAUUGAAGUAUGAAACAAAAACCUCUGCAUCUGCUACCUCAGGAAAACUGGAAGUGUCCAGCUCGCAGCCACAACUGAGAGAACAGCGUGACUUCCCUGAGCGGUGCAGCCCCUCCUGUGGCCUGUAGUGCCCUGCUCCCUGCCUGCAUGUGCUGACAGAGCUGUGAUGUGAAAACUUCUGUGUGGCACAAGGGAAGAGGUACCCUUGGAUGCCACAAGGAACAUAGCAUUGCAUCCUUUUCCCAGCUUGGCUGUGCAUGGUUUGUCUUUCUGGAGUCUGUGUUUGGGGCUGUGCUAUGCGUGUGGAAUGGGUGGUGGUGGAUUGAAGCAACCCUUGUGAACACAUGUGAAUAAUGCUCUACUGUUCUUCAAGGGCAGUAAAGAUAAUCAUGCCAAAAGAUGUCUGCCUUCAUUUCUACCCCUGCCAAUAGAAAUAUCCUCCUGUGAAAUCCCAGUCCUUCUGAGACAUCAUUUUUACAUGCAAUGGGCAACAAGUGCUACUUAUAAUCAGUGUUCAGCAGGGUCGUGCUGUGCUGAAAUGCAAAAUAUGCUAUGUCCAGCAGCAAUCAUAUGAACAGUCAUGCUACAGAUAGGAAAGCUGUGCACAGACAGCCCAUGCUGCCCAUGGCCUCCACCAUGGGAAAGGGCUGGGCGGCCUCCUCUCAGUGUGAGGCAAGUGUUGGUCAGCACAGAACCUUUGUGACUAAGAAACGGCCUUCGGCACUAGUGGGAAUUCUCCACAGUUUUGCUGUGCCACCAGCUCAGUUUUGGUGGUUCCAGUGGGCCUUGUGGUCCAGCUUGCUCUGCGCUACUGUGCCAUUUCCACAUAUCUAGCUCUUACCAAGGGGCCUCUUCCCAUGAGUGGCUUCAGGUAACUGGUUUUACUGAUCCUCAGAUUGCCACAAUGAUCAUGUCCUGUACCCACAAGAAAACUUAGUUUCUUCUUUGAGUUUUAGGAACCAACUCAUAUUCCUUUGUCUCAGUUUUUUUAAAAAAUUCAGCUUUUAUAAAUACAGUCACGAUCAACAGGCUUAUGGCUUGAGACUGGGCUUGAGUGAAGAGUCAUGGGCUGUUUCGCCAGUUGUGACACUGAUUUCCUUCCUGAGUCUUUAGACAAGCCAUCUGACUUUUCUGUUCCAGCUGUAAAAUGGGAACAACAAUGCUCCGCUACCUUGUCAAGCAUUUAGAAACCUACAGACGAUGUUUGUCGUGGGCUGGAUGCACAGUUCUAAUUGUUGAUCAAAGCUAUUUAUGAUUAAGUCUGUGUGUGCACAGGUAGAUUAUUUCUCUGAUGUACUGUUUCUCAAAUAAAUGGGGAUUAUUUUUAAAGUGUA